CACUUCCUUCACUCUCAUCGCAAUCUCAAAUCUCAUUCCCUCUCUCAAUUAAACAAAACCCCAAUUUUCUUUCUCUCCAAUUUCUCUCUGUUCCCAAUGGCACGUACCAAACAAACAGCACGAAAAUCCACCGGAGGAAAAGCCCCACGGAAACAACUCGCCACCAAAGCCGCAAGAAAAUCAGCACCGGCAACCGGUGGUGUAAAGAAACCACACAGAUUCCGUCCAGGAACAGUCGCACUUCGUGAGAUCCGCAAGUAUCAGAAGAGCACUGAACUUCUCAUUAGGAAACUUCCAUUCCAAAGAUUGGUUCGUGAAAUCGCUCAGGAUUUCAAAACUGAUCUUCGAUUUCAGAGUAGUGCUGUUUCUGCUCUUCAAGAAGCUGCUGAAGCGUAUCUUGUUGGUUUGUUUGAAGAUACGAAUCUUUGUGCCAUUCAUGCUAAGAGAGUUACUAUUAUGCCGAAGGAUAUUCAACUUGCAAGAAGAAUCAGAGGCGAAAGGGCUUAGAAGAUUUGAUUGAAAAAGUGAAUCUUGAAUUUUGAAUUGAUCUGUUGAAUCUAUGAUACUUAAUCAAAUUGAUUGCA